AUGCAGGUACAUGCCGCAGAAUCAGGUGCCUCUGCGGUUGCAACUCAGGACACAGCCACUCGGGUGACAGAUGAUGUGGAGGUGGUGCUUCAAGCCACUGCCUCCGCUCCCGGAGGCUGCGAGCUGCGCAUACAGAGCCAGCUGAGGGGCUCAGAGGCGAGUCCCAUGGCGGCCUUCCUGAUGGUCGCUCACCACUAUGAGGAGAGGGCACGGUCCCUGGACAUCAUCACCUCCGCCCUCCUCCAGAAACGGCCCAAGAUCCUCCCUCGAGCAGUGGUGCGGGAGCUGGCGAUGGCGGAGCGAGCGGGGACGCUCGCUCACCCCGCCAUGUCCUUGCUGGGCUACGCCUCUCUGCGCCGCCUGGCCAGGCCUUUGCUCCCUGAGCUUGAGGACCGGCUACGCAGCGCGCUGCUCGCCUGGUACGCACGCAAGGCCCCUCCCAAGGAGGCGGCGACGGACGCUGUGCUCAUGCGCUUCUCCUCCUCGCAGGCACGCGGCCCGGCGGCCGAGGCCCUGCCCCGCCUGCAGCUGUCCCUGACGGCCCGGGCAACGGGCAUCGUCCCCCGCCAGGUCAGCCACCCGGCCUCCCUGAGCAUGCUGGGGCACCUCGUGGCAGCCGCGCGGAAGCUGGAGCGCUGCGCCGAGCCGGACCUGCUGCCGGCCAUGUCGCGCAUGGCGCUGGACGGCACGCUGGGCAUGCUGCGCCCCCCCGACGCCUUCGAGCUGGGCGUGCCCACGGGGGACGACGCCGGCGCGACCCUGGCGGUGCCGGGGUCGGGGCGGGAGCUGGAGCUCCUGCGCGCCGCGCUGUCCGCGCUGCUCUGCGGCGACUUUGGGCGCCGCCCAGGGCGCGAGGCCUGGUUCCCCAGGGACGCGCGGCUCCGCGUGCGGGCCGUGGGCCCUGGCUGCGAGCUGGAGGUCGGGCCCGGGGACACGGGGGCGGAGCCCCUGCGCGUCGCGCUGGACGCGCCGCGCAUGUGGGAGCUGGUGGACUGCAUCGACGCGCUGGCGGCCCUCUUCCCCGCCGCCUUUGCCGAGCUGGCCCCCCUGCCGCUGACCGCAGCCUCACCCGUGCAGGGCGGCCUGGACAGUGUCGUCAGCAGGUGGCUCCACUGGUGGCGGGGGUGA